CAGGGCAUUUUUUCCUGCUUUCCCAGAAGCCACCAAGCCGUGUCCCCCACCGGUGCCACCCAGGCCACCACCCCGUGUCCCUGGGCCACCUCCAGGGACUGUCCCCCAUGGAUGGAUCCCUGUUCCAGCCCCAGUUUUCCCAGCUGGGAUCGAGCCCCACAGCUGAGAUGGAGAUCUCCAGAUGGAGAUUUGGGGGUCCCGUGGGAUUUACGGGGUUGCUCACGCUGAUCCCGAGGAUGAGGAAUUAUCCACGAGCCAAAAAUAUCCCAGGAUAAACCCCACCUUUCCCAGCUCAUCCCGGCUCUUCCGGGCGGCUUUGAUGUUCCCGGGACAGGGGGAGCAGAGGAAACCCCACCCGGGCUGUGGGGUCCGGGGCGGAGGUGGCAUCACGGGUGGGCACGAGGUGAUCCCGUGGGAUCCGGGGGGAUCCUCUGGGAUCCCAGCAGGGCAGCGGGAAAGCGGGAUCAGCCCAUCCAUGCUGGAGCUGGCUCCUUUUGGGGUCCCGCCUGGAGGGGAGCGGUCACCAGCGCUCCCAGCACGGCCCCCACAGCGGGAAUGGGGCGGAUCCCGGGGAAUGGGGCGGAUCCCGGGGAAUGGGGCGGAUCCCAUGGAAAUGAGGAGGAUCCCAUGGAAUUGGGGUGGAUCCCAUGGAAACGCGGGAGAUCCUGACCUCUCCGCCGACCCCUGGCUCUGCCCCCCUCCCAGCCCGGGAGCAGCUCCGGCGAUCCCGGCACAGCCGCACCUUCCUGGUGGAGUCGGGAGUGGGCGAGCUCUGGUCGGAGAUGCAGGCAGGUGACAGGUACAUCGUGGCCGACUGUGGCGGGGGAACGGUGGAUUUGACCGUGCACCAGAUCGAGAAGCCGCAGGGGACGCUGAAGGAGCUCUACAAAGCCUCGGGUGGGAUGGGGGUCCCUUUCCAUCCUUUUUUCCCUCGCCCUGGGGUCCUCCCGGGACACCAAACCCGGGCUGAGAUCUCAAAUCCGGGCUGGGACCCCAAAUCCGGGCUGGGACCCUAAACCUGAACUCAGACCCCAAACCUGAACUCAGACACCAAACCCGGGCUGAGACACCAAACCCGGGCUGAGAUCCUAAACCUGAGCUGGGACCCCAAACCCUAACUCAGACCUCAAAUCUGAAAUCAGACCCCAAAUCCGGGCUGGGACCCCAAACCCGAGCUGGGACCCUAAACCCGAACUCAGACCCCAAACCUGAACUCAGACACCAAACCCGGGCUGAGAUCCUAAACCCGAGCUGGGACCCCAAACCCGAACUCAGACCUCAAAUCUGAAAUCAGACCCCAAACCUGAACUCAGACCCCAAACACGGGCUGGGACCUCAAACCCAGACUGGGACCCCAAAUCCGAGCUGGGACCCCAAAACCGCCCCACGAAAGGGUCGUGGGUGGGGCUCUGGCCCCACCUGGU